AUGCCUUCUUCUUCUUCUUCUUCUUUUUCUUUUUCUCUUUUCCUAGUACUUUCGUCUCUUGUUGCCACGUGCCAUUCCAUCGGAAGGAGCCAAUCGACCGCAGUCGAAGGAAUCCUUUUGUGCGAUGACAAACCGGCGAAGGAUGUGCUCAUCAAGCUCUACGAUCAUGAUACCGGUAACUUACAACUGUACUUCAAUGCAUUAGGCACCGGAUUUCAGUGUCCCCGGAUGAGCUGAUGGAUUCUGCAAAGACCGACUCCGAUGGGCAUUUCAAGUUGAGCGGAAGUGCUGACGAAAUCUCCGGAAUCGACCCCAAGAUCAACAUUUACCACGACUGCGACGAUGGAAUUCUGGUAAGAUCCUCCCCAACUCUUUCCUCCGAAUCCAGCCCUUUCCAGCCUUGCCAACGUCGUCUCACCAUCUUCAUUCCGAGCAAAUACGUCUCGAGCACCAAACAACCAUCUGCGGUGAGACCUCUUUUCCAUUUUUCCUCAAACGGAUAAUAAUUGUAGACGUUCAACAUCGGACGAGUUCAAUUGGCCGGAAAGUACGCCGGAGAAUCGAGAGAUUGCAUUCAUUAG